ACAAUGGAGAACAUGCGGAAACGCAUCCGUAUUGAGCUAAUCUCCAGUCCCGAACGUCUAAGCAAGCUCGUAAACCAACCAACCUUCAACGACUGUAUCAAAUACGGCGAAAGGUUGUGCGCCGUCAUAAUGGACACAAAGAUUGUCAAGUUUAUCAAACCAAUAUACGUCGGUUUAGCAGUGCUUGACAUUAGCAAGUCGCUAAUGUACAAGUACUUCUACGACGUAUUAAAACCUCAUUAUGGCGACGCAAUUAGCCUGGUUUACAUGGAUACUGACUCCUUCAUAUACCUGCUCAGAGUCAGCGACUUCUACCAGGAUUUAGCCGACAGCCCCGAUUUACUGGUGUACGUGGACGCAUCUAGCCUGCCCAAGGAUCACCCUUGUUACUCGACCUCGAGGAAGAAGACGCCUGGUCUGUUUUCAAACGAGACCGGCGGCCUCACCCUCUUUGAGAUCGGCACACUUCGUUCAAAGUGCUAUGCAUUUGACAUGGAAGACAGCGAAUUCAUCAAGUCUAAGGGGAUCCGUGGACAUGUCGUCCGGAAAAAUCUGUCCUUGGACGAUUACAAACGAUGUUUGUUUGAAGACGAUGGCGACGAUGGUGACGAUGCGUCAAAAUGAGCGUUGAUCGGAGGCAAUGUCGUGUAGUCAUCGGAGCCGUACGUGAUGGUGAGAUUCCACCGACAUUAUCAUUACUGUACACUCCGUACCGACAGAACGUGUCAAUUCGUUCUUUCGAGCACGAGGUACGCACUUUACGUACAACCAAGUUGGCGCUUAACCGUUUCGACGAUAAGCGCUACACGCUCGACAACAGAGUUGACACGCUGGCUUACGGUCAUUAUGCCAUUCCAUCGGAAGAAAUUUAAGCAACAUUAGUUUUUAGAAUAAUAAUAAAAUUGUAAAACUCUUUAAAUAUCCAUAUCGAUAUAUAUAAAAUAUA